UUUGUCGCCUACCCUUCCGCCUUUUAAGGUCAGCUCCUUUCAGCCAACAAUUCAUUUAAUUCGUAGCUUCUUUGCAACGUCAAAACUUCAAUCACGCUGAAACAUUUGCGUUUCCUUCGAGACUCGCAUAACCGUUCCAAUAUAUUAUUACACUACUCGUCUCUUCAUUAGCAUCAUGGGCGCCCCAGUAAUACUAUGCGGCAAAACAGAAGAUAUUGGACGAGGGGUUAUUGCCUCACUCAAACCCGAAUAUGAUGUCAUCCAUUUCGUUAUGACUCCCGAGGCUGGAGUAUCCCAAAUUCCUGCCAUCCUCAAAGGUGAACAGGCAGUACCGUCAGAUUCUACAUUAGGAAGCAAGGACUACUCGAAGCCACCCGUCGCCAUCAUUCUCGGUGGGGGGUAUGAUGAUGCUGGUGCUGAAGUUAUGAUGAAGGCUUCGUCCGGCAUUAAGCCUAUGCCCUGGUUGCGACCCGACCUCUCCAAGGCUGCUCCUCCGUUGGGCCCAGAGUAUGGUAAAGCCCUCGUGGCACGUAUCAAGGAACUGCUUGCACAGCUGCAAAAGCAAGGGGAAAUGAACGAGGAAAAAGUUCAAUGGUAUUGACGCUUCACGCGCAUCCUGAAAAUAAAUUGGAAUUUGUACAUUUUCUUAUGGUAGACUCGAUGACCCAAAUAAAACCACCACAACUUCACCGGGCGUAGGAAGAAUAAACCCGUUAGCUUGAAGACAAACCCCCACCAAUUCCC